AUGGACAUAAUACCUACCUCCUGCCGGCUGCUAGCAGCUCUUCCUUCGCGGUUAUGCUCGCGGCGGCCCAUCCCCGCGCAAUUACGAGCGGCACGAAGUCUACCACCGCGAUGGCGGUUCACAGGUCAACUGCGAUGCAUCAGUGAACGCGCACCGACAAUUGAUCGCUCGAAAUCGAAGCUCUUCAAGGAUGCUGAUGAAGCCGUCGCGGACGUACAGCCUGGUUCGACAGUUCUGAGCGCAGGAUUUGGGUUAUGCGGUGUCGCAGAAACUCUAAUCUCGGCAAUGAAGAAGCGCGGCCCGGAGUCAUUGCAUUCGCUGACGGCGGUGUCGAACAAUGCCGGCAUUGAAGAUGUGGGUGGCCUGGCGCACCUUACGAAGAACGGGCAGGUCAAGAAGCUUAUCAUAAGUUUCUUGGGGAACCACAAGGCGCUGGAGAAGCAGUAUCUGAGCGGUGGCAUCGAGAUUGAACUCUGUCCGCAAGGAACGCUCGCUGAGAGGAUACGAGCUGGUGGUGCAGGCAUCCCGGCUUUUUACACACCCACGGCGGUCAACACACUGCUGCAGGAUGGCGAAAUUCCAGCCAAGUUUGACAAGGACGGCAAGGCUGUGGGCUUUGGCCAGAAGAGGGAGGUCAGGGAGUUUAAUGGCAAGAAAUUCCUCAUGGAGACUGCAUUGACGGGUGAUGUGGCUGUUAUUCGCGCGCACAAGGCCGAUGAAGCCGGCAACUGUAUCUUCAGAUAUACGACCAAGGCUUUCGGCCCCAUCAUGGCCAAGGCUGCACGACUCACAAUUGUCGAGGCGGAAGAGAUUGUGCCCAUUGGCACUUUUAACCCCAACGACAUCGACCUCCCGGGCAUCUUCGUCGACCGCAUUGUGCCAGCCAUGGCGCCCAAGAACAUUGAGAUUAAGAAGCUCCGAAAGCCUGUUGCGUCCAAGGACUCGUCCAAGAAUGAGGCGGCAGAGCGUCGUGACCGGAUUGCCCGUCGCGCGGCAAAGGAGCUCAAGCAGGGAUACUAUGUCAAUCUGGGCGUGGGCAUUCCAACGGCAGCAGCAUCGUUUGUGCCCGAGGGCGUCAAGGUGUGGCUGCAAUCGGAGAAUGGUAUUCUAGGCAUGGGCCCAUACCCCACGGAAGAAGAGGUAGACGCAGACAUCAUCAACGCGGGCAAAGAGACGGUGACGCUGCUCCCCGGCGCGUCGACGUUUGACAGCGCCGAGUCGUUUGGCAUGAUCCGAGGCGGUCACGUCGACGUGUCGAUUCUGGGGGCGCUCCAAGUCAGCGCAUCAGGCGACCUGGCAAACUACAUGGUGCCGGGCAAGGUGUUCAAGGGCAUGGGUGGCGCCAUGGACCUGGUCAGCAACCCGGAUGCCACAAAGGUCGUCGUGGCCACCGAGCACGUUGCAAAGGACGGCUCCAGCAAAAUCGUCCAGGAAUGCAAGCUACCGCUCACGGGCGCAAAGUGCGUCAGCACAAUCAUCACGGACUUGUGCGUCUUCGAGGUCAACCGCAAACACGGCACCCUGACGCUCACCGAGACGGCGCCUGGCAUCAGCGUGGACCAUGUCCGGGCCAAGACCGACGCCCGGUUUGAGGUUGCACCUGAUUUGAAGACGAUGGAGUAGCUGUAUUCUCUUCUUUUGGUCCGUGUGUACAUGGCGUAGCAUAAGUCGUAAAUACCAAGUAGUUUUUUUCUUCUUCUUCUUCUUCUUCUUCAACAAGCAGCACAUGCC